UUGUGCAGGGUGAAAAUAAGAUUAAGAUCCAAGCAUAAAAGAGGAUACAAUUUUAAAAAAUAAAGUUGCUCAAACAAGUAUUGUGAAUGCAUGCAGGCCUCUAGUUCUUCAAAUUAACCUGCAAGCAAUCAGGCUCUAAAACCAUAUGUGAUGUUGGUGACACCCUGCUAAAAAGCCAAAGUGCCAACCACAACAAUCAUCUCAAAAGCCAUGGAGACCUUUUGAUUUUUAUAAGAUCCAUACAUGAAUUCAGACUUGUAAUUAUAAUAGAUUUUGAAUUCAAACUUGGAAGAAUCUGCAACUAAGGGGAUUCAGACCAUGGAGAUAGAAAUGGAAAACAAGCCAGUGUAAUUUACUUUUGAAUUUUUUGUUCAUUUAAAGCAUUGGUUUUUCUUUAAUUUUCUAGAUUGAUGUUUGUGGUUAUGAUCUAGAUUGUUGGUCGUUUUAAUUUGUCCACGGGAAUACAAAACAUGGAUUGGAGUUCUAUUAGGUGUUAUGGUUUCAAUAGGGUUUGAUUGCUGUAAUUGUAGGCCAUCCAUUGGCCUUGAAACACCUAACAAAUGCUGAUCGAACGAACAAAAAGCAGUUAGAAAGGCACUGUCAUCAAGAGAAAUUAAGAAUGAUUCUGUUCUUGGACCAUAAGGUUUUAAUCUCUUGGAGGUGCUCAAUUUCAGUCAGCUGGGAGGGUGACAGGAUGUUGGUCAGUCUAUUAUACCUUGAGUAGGUAAAUCGCUUCUGAGUUCAAUUUGUUUCAAAGAAUGGCAGCUGAUGCAAAGUUGCUCAUGGACUUCCAAUUUGUAGGUUUCUUUCUGUUGAGUUGUCAUAGACUAAGUUGUACUCAGACUCCAGGGAAAUCUCAACCCAUAAUGACUCUAACUCCUUGAAAGUAUGUUUUGAGUAGAAUUAUGAUUAAACUUGAAAUUCAUUUCAAGUAGAUAUGCUUUUCUUUAAUUCUUAUUUCUCAUUUCCAUUAUCAAUGCUACUUUGUGAUGCUCUUGUAAUUGAUAUCAAAGUUCUCAUGUUUUAACAAAUGAACAGCAGGGAAUUCAAGAUGAAAACAGAGAGUCAACCAUGACAACCAGUAGCUAACCAUGGAGAACAAUGGUAUAGUAUUGGAGACCCAGUGGCGGCAAACGUGGUUUGCUCAAUGUGUUUUUUGUCUUGCAAUGGUGAUGAAGAGUUUUGAACCCACUUUCCAACAUAGGUCGCAUCUCUCCUGAUAAUUCAGCCAACACCAGCAGUGUCAUUUUUGCUAGCAGCCCAGGGAUGACAUGGCAAGUCUCCGAAGUGAAGAAAUUUCAUCCAAGAUCAAUCAAUGCAAAGUGGAAGAUGCAUAAAUAUUUAAGGCUAUCAAGUGCCAUAUUCUGUCAAAUUAGUUGCUAACCAACAGGCAUGAAAUGUGGAAGGCCAAGUUAAACUUGCUAAUGCUGUCUUGAAUUUUGAUUGCAAUAAUGGAUGCAUUUGCUAUUGAUUACAAAAGAGCGUUGUGAGAUAGGGUGUAUUGGGAAGCUUCUAUCGAAGCUAGGGCCGAGAUUUUAGCAGUCGCAUCCAUUUCUUUACGUAGUAGAAUUUCUACUUGGCUCUCCCAGCAAAAUUGUGGUCGUUCUUUUAUCGUUCUUUCAUUAUCUCUUAUCGUAUAAAAAUGGUUAGAGAAC